GGCCAGGGAGCCGCCCGCCGCCGCCCAGGGGCCGUCCCCGCGGCCGGCUGCGCGUGAAGGUGCGGACGCCAGGCGCGGGGGUCCGCGCGGAGGCCUGGGCCGCGCGGCCAGGGGAUGGUGGGUCCCUGGGCUUCUGCAGCGAAGAGGGCUCCCCCAGAACAGCCGUGCCCCCGGGCUGCCCCAGAGAGGCGCUUGACAGCGAGCCCUGGGGAAGUUGGGCAGCUGUGAGUUUGCCUGUCGCCGUUAAGUGUUCUUAGGAUGCAGUGAUUAAGGAAUUAGGCUCUCCCUCCGGGAGGGGCACUGCCUGCGCUUUGAGAACUCGGUGCAGAGAAAAAGGACAGAAUGAUGCUGUCCGAGCAAGCCCAAAAGUGGUUUCCUACCCACGUGCAGGUCACAGUGCUCCAAGCCAAAGAUCUUAAGCCAAAAGGCAAAAGUGGCACCAAUGACACAUACACUAUAAUUCAGCUGGGCAAGGAAAAGUACUCCACCUCUGUAGCUGAGAAAACCCUUGAGCCAGUCUGGAAGGAAGAGGCCUCUUUUGAGCUACCUGGAUUGCUGAUGCAGGGGAAUCCAGAGAAAUACAUUCUUUUCCUCAUAGUUAUGCACAGGUCCCUGGUGGGUCUGGAUAAGUUUUUAGGGCAGGUGGCAAUCAAUCUCAAUGACAUCUUUGAGGACAAACAAAGAAGGAAAACAGAGUGGUUUAGAUUAGAAUCCAAACAAGGAAAAAGAGCCAAAAACAGGGGUGAGAUAAAGGUCAAUAUUCAAUUCAUGAGGAACAAUAUGACAGCAAGUAUGUUUGACUUAUCAAUGAAGGACAAAACAAGAUCUCCUUUUGCAAAAUUAAAAGAUAAGAUGAAAGGUAGAAAAAAUGAUGGGACAUUUUCUGAUACGUCUUCUGCAAUCAUUCCAAGUUCUCACAUACCCGAUGCCAGUACUGAAUUUUCAAGUGGUGAAAUACAGAUGAAAUCCAAACCAAAAAAGCCUUUCCUUUUGGGUCCUCAGCGACUCUCUUCAGCACAUUCGAUGUCUGAUUUAACUGGGACCCACAUAUCUUCUGAGAAACUGAAGUCUGGCACCAUAGGUCAAACACAUCCUCUUGGACGGCAGAUAGAUUCCUUUGGAGCAGUUCCGGAAAGUGGAAGUCUCAAAUCUCCACACAGAAGAACAUUAAGCUUUGAUACUUCUAAAAUGAACCAACCUGACAGCAGUGUGGAUGAAGGUGAAUCGUCUUUAGGAAGACAAAAUGACCCAUUUACAAAUGUGACUGCUUCAUUACCCCAGAAGUUUGCAACACUGCCAAGGAAGAAAAAUCCAUUUGAAGAAAGCAGUGAAUCAUGGGACAGCAGCAUGAAUUUAUUUUCAAAAUCAGUCGAAGUAAGAAAAGAAAAUAAAAGAGAGAAAAGGGAGAAAGUUAGCCUGUUUGAAAGAGUGACUGGAAAAAAAGAUAGCCGAAGAUCUGAUAAACUUAACAAUGGGGGAUCUGAUAGCCCUUGUGACUUGAAAUCACCUAACGCAUUUAGUGAAAAUCGUCAGGACUAUUUUGAUUAUGAGUCAACUAAUCCGUUUACAACAAAAUUCAGGGCUUCAAAUAUAAUGCCAUCUUCAAGUUUUCAUAUGAAUCCGACAAGCAAUGAGGACCUCAGGAAAAUCCCGGACAACAACCCUUUUGAUGCCACCGCAGGGUAUCGUGGUCUGACCUAUGAGGAGGUCCUACAGGAGCUAGUGAAGCACAAAGAGCUCCUUAGGAGGAAAGACACCCACAUCCGGGAACUCGAGGACUACAUCGACAACCUCCUUGUGAGGGUCAUGGAGGAGACACCCAGUAUCCUCAGAGUGCCAUACGAACCAUCCAGGAAAGCUGGCAAAUUUGCCAACAGUUAAUAAGCUGGUUGUACUGCAUUUGUGAUUAGGGGCAAAAAGGAAAGAAGAAAGAGAAAAAGAAGAAAAUCUUGGUACUGCAAGAAACUACAUUAUCAGGCUUCAUUAUAUACUCUACGUCUUGUGAAAAAUUAUUUUACCUGUAAAUAUUAGCAGGGACCAUCAAGAGUGACCUUUGAAGUGAGCUAAAUAAUUUAAACAUUUAAAGUGAAAAUGGGCCAGAUUCUCAGUGAACAAGCGGUUCCUUAGGAUUCACUUAGGUACUGGUGCCGGCCUACUGACCUGCCACGGGCCUAGGGACAGCUUCAGAAGUACGUGACUUCUUAUUCCUCAGGAAUAGAUCUCAUAAAGCAGAAUCGAUGCUGUGGCUGGUUUCUCAGAAGUCAAUUUGUAGACAUACUUAGCUGCAGGAAUACUGUUCAUUAUAAACACUACAAAAUUCAUAUUUUAUAUGCAUAUAUAUGUACAUGAAUAUAUGUUCAUGUAUCUUUGUAUAUAAAAUACAUGCAUAUACCUCAUAUAUACAUGUGUUUUUAGAACAUUUAAAAACAACUGAUUGCCUCUAAAAUUAGGACACCAGUUUCUUAAUUUGAACAUCUCUGUGCUCUAGCGAUACAAAACAAAUCGUCAUUGCUGCUAGUACCGUUUGUUGUAGGUAAGCUGCUUCAGAUCACUCUUGACUUUGCGAGUCUUGGUUUCCCAAUGAGCUGCUCCUAGAUAUUAUCCCAGCAUCAGAUGUUUGCUCUCUUUCUGAAAGGAAUGAUUCCAAAGGGGUUUUUUUUGUUUUUUUUUGGUUUUUUUUUUUAAGCAUGACAAAUUUAGGAAAAUUGACUAGGGUCACAAGAGUACAAAUUUCUUGAAUCAAUUUUUUAUCUUAACAUUUGCGUUUUAUUUAAGUAGAAGAGAAGCUAAUGUAGUCUGUUCUGUUGAGAUUCUGAAUGCCUAUAAAUCACUAGCAAAGAAAAUAUUAGUCAGUUAAAUCUGAAAAUAAUUCUGAGGGGGAAAAAGUAGGUGACCGUCUGAUCCCUGAUAACCCAAAGCAACGGGCAAAUUCUAGGAAUGAAGAGUUCAGCUUGGUUUCAAGUUACAUAAAUAAUAGAACAGAUGGUUGCAUUUGGGUCUUGAACCAAAAUAAGAGUCGCUGAAGGAGUGAGUUGUUGGAACAGACCUUCCCAGCAUGGCACUGUACACACUGUUCUAUGUCCACCCGUUAAGAACUGGUUUAUUGCAAAAUUACGUGUCAGCUCUUUCAAGGCUGCUCCCCCAAAAUAGCGAUUACUUCCGUGAAUUAUCUUUAUAGAUUUGUACAAAAUAAGCCUGAAAUGUAAAGUAGAAAACAAUGGUGUGAAAUCAUUACUAGUCAUCUGCUUAUUUUUUCCUUAAAAAUCUGAAAUACUUACUAUGAAACAGUGAAUCCGUGUCUCUGGUUUUAAAAGAAAAAAUUCACCUGUAUAUGGAGACCUGUAUUCAUUCUCCAGGCUCUUAAUGAGCUGCAUUUUUGUCUAAUAGUUCUCUCAAAGACUUUAUUGAAAAUUCAGUACAAAGCAGAUAGAAGAGUUUUGCUCAUUUUAAUAUUCUGAAUCAGAUAAUACUUGGCCAAGUGUAUAUUCGUGAGCUAAAAUUGCUCAUUUGUAUUUUCUGAGUUUCCUUAGUUUUCCUGUGAGAACGUACAUUUUGAAAUUCUGGGAACUUUUCCUAAAUACAAAAAAUUAAAUAAUUUUUUUAAAUGAAGAAAUGGAGAAGGAAAAUAGCUUUUUCCAACUUUUUUUUUCCCACAUAUAAAUUUCUGUACUAAACCUCAAAAUCUGGUUUAGAAUUCUAUUUUCUCAUUUGAGGUCUUAGUAAUUAUUAUUUUUUAACACGGUACCAUUUUUAGUUAGCAUUUUAUUAAAUAUUAUGAAAUUCUUAGCAUUUUUUCUUUUAGUAUAACUGAAGCUCUUUUACACUUUUUAAAAUGCUAAAAUCCAUGCGUUUUCAGUGUUAUGACAGAUUAUCUACAGAUAUUUUAAUAUGCUUUGGCCAAAUUUGUUCUUUAUAAAAUGAACCAAGGUGUCAGUUUUGUAUUGGGGAUAUAUUUUAUGUAAAUAGAAUUCGUUAAAAAAUAUUGUUCGAAUACUACUAUUCUUUUUAUUAGGUAAUUCAUUUCUAAGGAGAGGUCUCUGCCAGGAUGAAACUGUUAAGGAUUAAACUUACAAGACAUGAAUGAUUCGGUUAUAACUGAAUCAGUAUUUUUAUCUUUCAGUCUGAGACGAGAAUUGUACUGAAAAUGGAAUCUGCACUUGUCACUGCCUGAAAAUGUUCCGUCCCAAUGUUUAUGAACUUCCGCUCGGGACCUAGGGCCAAGCUUACUAUAUGUUUUCAUAAUUGGUCCAUAUAAAACACUAAAAUCAAAAAGUAAAAAUGAAUUCCCAAGCAAACAUGUCAGUGUUUGCUGUGUUUGGGCAGAAGUGCGAACAGUAGUUUUGGUUUCUAGCAUUGUAGGAAAAAAAGGCCAAAAAGAUCACCUUCAGUUAAUCUCUCCAAAAUGUAACCUUUACUUGUUCUAAUGGUAUAUUUUGUUAGUAGUUUAGCCAUAGAAAUAAAAGACACGCACUCAUUCAGUAGUGCCCAGCGCAGUAGACUUACGGAUUUUGCUUUUAUGCUUAAGCAGUGUGUGCGGAAGAAUAUUCUCACUGUUAAGAGAAUUUUUUUGAAUCACAGAAUCGAUAUUUAUCCUAAAGCUGUCUGAAGCUAACACAUUUCUGUUACAACUAAAGUAUUUCUGCUGUUAUUUUCAAAACAGUAUUGUUUUCCAGCCGGUUCCCCUUCCAGUUCUAAAAUUCGGCUUUGAAAGUAUUGGACCUACUGUCCCACCACUUAGGCUUCAAAUCACAUUUACUGAAUCCCAGGGUUAUAGCUUAGAAUUGUAUAUAAAGUGACGUGUCACCCAUUCAUGAAAAACGUUCAAGUAUUGCUUUUUGCUGCUAUAUUGUGCAUUGAACCUAGUUUUGCCUCCCUCCCAUGAAUGUAGUAUUAUCCAUAGAUUGUGCAUAACUACAUCUAUUGCUUUUGGCAGUAAAUGAAGAUGUUGUAGUUUUCCAGCUGUGAAAAUGUUGCCUUGUAUUUAAAAGGAUUUCAUGAAUGGAAACCUAAGUAAAACUCAGCUCAUUAGUGACAGACUUGCUUUCCUCACAUCCUCCCUUCACCUACUUCUCCAUCUCACACCCCCCUCCCCCCGCCUCCCGCCCCCAUAAGGGUGCUUAUUCUGUAGCAAGGAGAAUCUUAAAACAAAAAAAAAACUGCUGUCUUUAAUGUAUCUAGUAAUUGUUACACGAGAGCUUUUAUUUUCCUCCUCUAUAGAUUUUUAGGAGAAGCGACCUACUUUGGGUUUGUAAUUCAAGCUGAAAUUUUUUGAUGUCCGUGUACGUAUAUGUCUUAUAGAUAUGGUAGGUGUCGUGUGUGGGGGGGUGUGUGUGUGUGUGGGUAUGUGUGUCUGUGUAAGUGAAGUAUAAAGCAUGCUCAUUCACUCGAUCUCUUUGAAGUAAGAGGUAAAGGACCACGGUGCCGCUGGUUCAUGGAGAUGUGAGGGUCUGUCAGCGCACAUCGAAAGCCCCCAUUUUCACAGAUUUAUAACUUUAAUAAUCCAGAUGCAAUCAUUGGAAGUAUUUAAUAUGCAGUAGGUAGCACCUUAACUAAUUAAUCUGCAUAUGAAGGGUUUUCUGAUGUAUUUAGUAAGAAGUAUAGAAGCUUUCAAGCAUUAAACUAGAGGUGACGUUUUAUUUCAUUUAUUUUCUGUGUUGAAAAUUUCCACUCUUACAAUGGAAUUGAGGUCUGUGAAAAAUGAUACAUUGGACCUGUUCAUCUUUGAAGCUUCCAGGUGGGUUUGUAUGUUGAGGUACAAAAAAAAUGCUGCAGAUCUAGAAGUGUAUGUAUUUAGCAGGUACUUGAAAGAUAGCAUUAUUUAUACCCGAAGAGUAUUGCAUCCUACUAAGUAAAAUGCUCUGGUAACUUGUAUACAUUUUUGCAGGUGCAAACCCAAAAGUCUGUAAGCAUUGCAUAAUGUGACAGUUGUAUAAUUUAUGUAAUCUGAUGCAUGGAUCAGAAUUUUUAUAUAAUAUAUAAUUAUCGAUUUAUUAUAGUUGAUUAAAGUGUAUAAUCUUCA